AUGUCUGUCAAGAAACAGGCAUCAGAGAGAAAAAACAAUGGAAGCCAAAAGUCGAGUUCUUAUCGAUGCUUGUCAUUCUCUUUCCUGGAGACAUCAACGGAUGGGAAGAAUAAACCAUUGUGUUUGAGUCGUAUGGAUUCUAAGAAGCUCAAGGCAGGUAUCGUGAAGUGGGCAAAGCGUGUUGCAGCUUACGCUCGUCAACUUAGCUCAAGAAAACGAAAUUAA